AUGAUACGACGAGCCUUUUUUAAGGGGCCGCGCGUUAGGUGUCUUGGUGCUGUGGCUUUUCAAUCCAGGUCGAAUCCUGUGACGAAAUGGUGUCCCUUUUCUGGGGGGUUGGGCACGGUGGAGACCAAGCCACUGGCAACAAGGACAGGGACAGUCACUUGUCCUGUGAUGGGGGUUGCUCCACAACUACGGUGCCCAAUGGAGACCGAGGAAUACGUAAGGACACUGCCAGUACAACAAAUAGUAGCACAGAUGGGGAAGUUGAGAUUGUCUGCUUUUGUCACUGCUACAACGGUGGCUGGGUAUGUGAUCUGUGGUGGGACGAACCCCGUGGUGGUGGCGGCAAUAACGGCUGGGACGCUUCUGCAAUCUUGUUCAGCAAACACAGCAAAUCAAAUAAUAGAGAAGGAGCAUGACAAGAAGAUGAAGCGAACCUGCCGUCGCCCCAUGCCUAUGGGCUACAUAACUUGUACAGGUGCCUCAACCCUGUCUGCUGUGGAACUCUUGGCAGGAUCUGGCAUUCUAUACCUUGUCAGUCCACCAAUGGCAUCACUUGGAUUUUUUAAUUGGUGUCUUUAUGUUGUCGUGUACACACCACUUAAGCGUGUUUCUGCUAUAAACACAUGGGUAGGCUCCAUUGUUGGUGGAAUCCCGCCGCUUAUGGGUGGAAUUGCUGCAACAGGGACGGUGACGGGCCCUGCCUGGCUUUUGGGUGCCCUGCUUGUUGCUUGGCAGAUUCCACAUUUCAUGGGACUCAGCUUUCAUUGCCGUCGGGAUUACCAGGCAGCGGGCUAUAAAAUGUUGGCUUUCUAUAGUCCUUGGCGUGCAUCCUUUUAUGCCGUAUUGAUGUCUUUUGCCAUGGCGGGGAUGACACUUGCGGGCCCCGCUUUGAUAGGAAUGCUGUGUGAGGGAUGGUACUAUCUUGCAGUAGCUCUCGCUAACGGUGUUAUGAUUUACAAGGCGUGGUUGUUUCACUGCAUGCCAAAAACACAUUGCCGUGGUUGCUUUGUUUUUUCUUACAUCUAUCUCACUAUUGUUCUUACUGCGUUGGUGGUAAAUCACUUUGGACCUGUCAAUAAGUGCACCGCCGUGUAUGAAUAUGUCUUUACGAAGCUCGAAAGCCAACGCAAUGAGGUUGCUUCGCAGGGUCUGAGAGAGUUGCCAUGGGAGGAGCGUAUUUAG